AUGGUUCUUCGUUCUAAUUGGGAUUCUCGCGGCGAGAUUAGAAAUUUAAGAGUGGAAAAUGGUAGCGAUCAUGGUCAUGUAGCCAUAGACGUCGAUGUUUUAGAUAAUAGUAGCCAACAGAACCAGAACCUGUCUUUAAGAAGAAGGUUCAAUCAUGAUGAUGGGUAUAACUGGAAAAAAUAUGAAGAUAAAUUAGCAAAAGGAAAUGGAAACCAGAGAAGCUAUUAUAAAUGUACUUGGCCAAAUUGUGUUGUGAAGAAAAAAGUGGAGAGAACAAUUGAUGGAGAUAUAAUUGAGACAGUAUACAAAGGUACACAUAAUCAUUGCUGGCCUACUUCUAUAAGGAAGAGGAACUCAUCAUCAGAAUAUCUUUAUUCACUUUUGCCUUCAGAUACUUCUCCCAUUGACUUGCGAGAUCAAUCAUUUGACAGAGAAGAAGUGGAUUUUGAUGCAGAACAUGAAAGCUCAUCACUAUCAAUAUGA